CAAAGGUAACCGGAGCAACAACAGACUAAUGCAGCGGCUCACAUUUGUUUUGAGCGAAUGUUGUGCAUUAUGAAAUGUAGCUAAAGCUUAGGAGAGUUGUGCUAUUGAAAUGGUUCUUAUUGUGUAAAAACAUGCGCUUUAAUUGCCUGCUUCCAAAAUGAAGAUGCGGCUCUAGAGAAAGCUACAGAUAUACUGUGUAUUUCUUGCACUUAUUGCACUAUGACUUAUUUCAUGUCCUCCCCACUGGUCCACAAGGGCAGGUUAUAUCUGUAUCAUACUAUUACAUCAAGUACAGCUAGAUUCAUCAAAGUGAAACAUCAACAGCAAAGAACAUUAUUCCUCGCUCCAAGGCAAAGGGAUGUCCACGGUCUACGUCCAAGCCAAGACAGGACAGUCUGGUGGCCUGGGUUUCGAGGACUGUUCUGUAGAGGAGGAGUGGAGGACUCCAAGCAGCAGACGCUAGAGGACCUCACUAAGAACAUCAGAGGCGGACAGUACAAGAGGAUCAUAGUGAUGGCAGGGGCUGGGAUCAGCACACCUAGUGGGAUCCCAGACUUCAGGUCCCCUGGCAGUGGUCUCUAUGACAACCUCCAGCAGUAUAAUCUUCCUUAUGCAGAAGCCAUCUUCGAGAUCAACUACUUCCAUCACAACCCCAACCCUUUCUUUGCCCUGGCCAAAGAGCUGUACCCAGGCAACUACCAACCCAACCUCACACACUAUUUCAUACGUCUCCUUCAUGACAAGGGCCAGCUCCUCAGAAUGUACACGCAGAAUAUCGACGGCCUGGAGAGACUGGCAGGAAUCCCCCCUGAGAAACUGGUGGAGGCACACGGCUCGUUUGCUACUGCUACCUGUACUGUGUGUCUCAGAGUCUACAAGGGGGAGGAGCUACGUCCUGAUAUUAUGAAGGGGACAGUCCCUAAAUGUCCCACUUGUAAGGGUGUGGUGAAGCCUGACAUUGUCUUCUUUGGGGAGGAACUACCUCCUCACUACUUCAGCUACCUGAAGGACUUUCCCCUGGCAGACCUCCUCAUUAUCAUGGGAACCUCUCUGGAGGUGGAGCCCUUUGCCAGUCUGGCCGGAGCUGUGAGGGACUCUGUCCCUCGUCUACUUAUCAACAGAGACCUGGUGGGGCCCUUCGCUUGGGGGACCCCGCGACACAAUGAUGUGGCCCAGCUAGGGGAUGUGGUCGGUGGGGUGCAGAUGCUGGCUGAUGUCCUGGGCUGGAACCACCAGCUGGAGGCUCUCAUGGCUGCCAAUGCUAAGAAGGCUACAGAGGAGGAGGAAUGAGACGGGUCAGUGUCUUUAAGAUACUAUUCAGAAUGCCUCACCACUGCAGUCCACCUCAGUGCACCUGCCUCACCGCUGCAGUCCACCUCAGUCCACCUGCCUCACCACUGCAGUCCACCUCAGUCCACCUG